AUGGAGCUGUACCUCAGCGCCUGCUCCAAGGCUGCCGACGCCGCCGCCACCAAGACGGCCACCAGCAGCCUGGCUACGGACAGCCAGCAGUGCGGAGACGGCGCACACAGAACCCACUUUCCAGGGAUUGGAGCUGCUGAACUACUGGAUCUACCUCUUGGGGUCAAACUGCCGGUGAUCCCAGGAAGCAACACUGUAUUCUAUACUACGAGUUUAAGUGAAAAGCUUUUUCGACCUUCUUAUGGUUUUAACCUGACUGAUCCUUAUUGUCGACUUUUGGAAAACCAAUAUAAAAGUCUCCAUGAUCCACAUUUAAGAGCAUACUAUAAACGUAAAGAUAUCCUGAGGAGGUUAAAGAAAGGUGGCUACAUCACCAGCAACAAUAAAAUUGUAUGUUCUUUGAGGGAAUGGAAUAAGUACAGGCAAUAUCUUACCAGUUUAAAAUUAGACUUUGAAAGAAACUAUGUAAGAGAACAAAAAAUGCUUGCAAAAAGAGUAAACAAACUGCAGGAAAACAACCACAUCCCAGAAUGUUUUAAUGUUACACAGUUCCAAAAUUGGUUGUUACAUGAAGGUACCCAAUCUAUUAAGGACCAAGAACGGUUAAUAAGGCACAGAUAUUUGGAUAUGAUAAGUAAGGAAUUAGAACUACUUGAGCGCACAGCAGAAGAGCAACGCCAGCUCCAGAGAGAUAAAGAAGAAAGGCGAGAACGGGAAUACACAAGAAGAAAACUUAAUCUUCGUAGAAAAAUUGAAGAGGAAUGGAAGGAAAAAGAGAUGUUACUUCUGACAAGGAUUGGAGAAGAUGUUAAAAGAGAAGCUAGAAUUGAGGAGCAGCGUCGUAAAAGCAGAGAAGAGAGUGACAGGAAGAAACGAGCCCUUCUAGAGAAAAAAAUGGCAUAUCAUUUACAAAAAAUGCAAGAGAUUGGUGAUAGAAGAGAAGAGAUGGGAAAAAAUACAUUUGAAUAUAGAGGACAAGAUGGAACAUAUUAUGAAUCUUCUCCAACGAAAAAGAAGAGUUAUGAUGAUGUAAAGUCAGUUCACCCUGGAAGUAAAGGAGUAAAUGGAUAUGCAGCAAAUAAUGUUCACCAAUCUCAAGGUAGUUCAGUGAACGCUGUCAAAAAAUCAGCAGCUUCAGUUGUUGGUCAGCCAAAUGUACAGGGUAACGGUUUAGAAAAGAAUGAUGCAGUGAUAACUAAAAAAUCAAGUAUUUUUGAUGAUAGAGGAACUACAAACGUCUCAGCUCAAGCUUCAGCUGUUUCAGCUCAAACUUCACCCACAAGAAACUUUCCCAAACCUUCACAGUCUUUUCUGGGUCAUCAAAAAGAAGAAAAGGAGAUAAAUGCUGAUUUGAAUGAAAGACCAGUCAGAAAAUCAUGCUGCUUCUGUGAAUCAGGACCUCAGGUUCACACUCCAGCCCAGGAUAUUUUUUCUUCUCAUCUCUCUAAUACACAACAGAACCUCCUACAAAAUUGCUUGCACAGAAAAGUAACUUCUGAAGAACUGAAUAGUAUAAUUCAGAAUAUAAUGACCUGGGUUGUGGCUACAGUGACUAGUAUAUUAUACCCAGCCAUCACAAAGUAUGAAGAAAGGUUGCGAAAUAAUACAUACCCAGUGUCUGAUGAUUCUGCCCUCUCUUCAGAUAGUUCAAGUUUCUGUAGCACUUGCAGUGAAGAGUUUACAUAUGGAAGCUACACAUCUGCAACAACUAAAACAUUUCAGACAGAACCUUAUACAUUGGCAAGUGACGUGUCAGUAAGGCAACCUAAUGUACCUUUAAACCCUCCUUCUGCUCAUAUGGAAAGAACACUUACUGAAAAAACGUAUCACAGGAAAAGGCAGUCUAUGACAUCUGAACUUAAAGUCAAUAAAUCCAGGAUGAUAUAUGCAUACCCUAAGCUUAGGAGCUGUAAAUCUGAUAGUCACCUUUUGGCAUCAUCUGAAACAAGCACAAAAAUAUCUAAGGAUGCUACCACUGAAACAGACAGCUUAGAGAAUCCCCUAUUUUCUGAUCAAAAAUUAAAAGCCAUAAAUGAGAUAAAGAAUUUAAAGAAUGUUUUUGUUAAUUUUAAAUGUCACUUAAAAGGGGAAACUGAAUUGAUUUUAGAAAACAUUUUUCAAGAAAUUAUGUCUGAUUUAACCCAGGCCAUUCCCUCGCUUUCUUCUGUUACUGCCGAAGUUUUUGUUGACCAGUGUGAAGCUGACAAAAGAGACUUACUCUCUCAUGUUGAUAUCUGCUCAGUAGCUGCUGAGAUUGUGGAAAAUAUGCUUGAGAAGCUACAGUCUGCAGUUGAGAAAAAAUGUGUUGAGAUGUUUUCACAAGAAGACUUGUCAGUCCACAUUAAACCAGACCCAACAACCAGUGGUGAAUAUUUUACUUUAUCAAAUGAAAAACCUUUAGAAGCUUCACUGCCUUAUACUUUGGAACCCAUGUGUGAUAUUGCAGAGGAUAUGGUGCGUGCCAUUUUAGAAAAGCUGAUGACUCUUGCAUCUUGUAAGCAAAAUGAACUUCCUCAUCUUGAAGAUUCAACUAAACAUUCUUAUCAGCAAUAUAUGAUAGAUCCAACAUAUAUGUUUCUUCAAAGAGCUGGCAAAAAGCAAUCUAGUAUUGAACCUGAUAAUGCCAAUUUAAUUGUCAAAGAAGAAAUACAAAAUUUAGUGUCAACUAUUUGUUCCCAAUCCUCUUUGGUUGGUUAUGUAGAGGAAGCAAUCAGUGCUAUACUGGGUUAUGUACAAACUGAACUUAAUAAUGAGAGACUGAUUGCAUCUGAAGAAACGGUGGUAUUCCUUCAGCUGCUCGAUGAUAUCUUCGCUCAGCUCCACCAGGAGUCAGUAAAAGGAGGUGUUCAGAAGAAUAAACGCUCCAGACCAAGAAAUCCUUCUAACACUGAAGAAAAGUACCGACUCACUGGCACUAGAUUAUCUAAUGGUCAUAGGUCUGGAAGACCAUUUUCACCUGUUAAUGUUCCUGGCAUGGUCCUUUAUUCUGAAGAUGAUAAUGAAGAAAUAGACAAAAUUGUGAAAAAUGUGCUUGACUCAUCUUUCAAAGAUGAAAAAGCAAAGUUACAAGAACAGAUUCUUGAUCAUUCAUUUACCAAGGGAAGCACCUGUUUUGAAUACAAAACAAAUACCAAACCACCUACAAAGCCUGCUUCUCAAUGCAAAGUUGCAUUUUGUGAUUGGGGAUUAAAGACUGACCUACCAUCUUUUAAUAAUGAGGAUAUUUCAAAGGACAAACCCUGUUUGAAUAAAGACAUUUUGAUUUUCAGCCAAGAUCAAAAGCAUCAAAUACAAAAGGCUUUAGAAACCAUAGUGAGAAGUAUUUUAACAGAAACACUCAAGGACGUAUCCUCUUUUCCUCCUGGUCAGUUAGACAGUAAAAAAAAAAAAUCUUCGGUUCUUUCCUCAGGAAAACCUCAAGGACUGUCACAUCAAGAAUGGACGGACCAGAUGUUCUCUGCAUCAGAAAUCAGUACAGUGGCUCAAGAAAUAACAGAUGCUGUGUUAAAUAUACUUCAUAAGGCUUCAAGCUACAUUACCAGUACCACCAAAGGUUCCAUUUCAUCAUCAAUUCAUCAGACUUCUCUAGACAAUUCUGACACUCCUCACAUGGCCAAAAAAGCACCAAAUACAAAGCCAUUUAAAGUAUGGUUUGACAGUGAAAAGAAAAUGAAAUAUUUAUCUUCACUCAACAUAGAUCCUCCAAAGCCUUCUUGGUUAGAAUCUGGAAAAAGUGAUCCUGAAUCUGUAGAUGACAUUAAUGAUAAAAUUAUUAGUACAGUUUUUAAAAAACUGAAGUUAUUUGUUUGUCCAAAACUGCAAAUGGGCUUCAAAACUUCACUUACCAAGCAAUCUUCAUUACGGUCUCAACUCAGUGAUUAUACAACUAAAGUGGUAAACAUUGUUUUGCAUGCUAUACAAAAUGAACUGGAACUCAAUAAGAAAAACCUAAAUCAUAGGGAGACAGACUCUACCAAAACCUUUAUAGGUAAAGGUUUUUUUGCCGACACUGAUAAGAAACUAGAAUCUCUUGUCACAAAUCUCAAUGAUGAUGUUAUGGGAAGUCCUUUAAUAACUUGUAUUUGCAAUAUGUUAUCAAGCCAAAAUGCAGAUCAAAGCAAUGUUCUACCUCCUACAGAUAAGCCAAGGCCCGAGACCUCAUAUAAAUCUGACAACAUUGAUAAACAAAACAUUUUGCCAAGUAGGCAGGAUAAAAAGUCUGUUUCCUCUCAUCUUCCUAGUGUGCAUGAGGCAGUUCCUCCUAAAAUUCACAAAUGUUUAGGUAUUCCAUGUACACUCCAUAGUGUCUUUAGUGGAAAGGAUCUCAAAGAAAAUGCCAGAUUGGAGGUGUUAGAUAGCAUUGGGGAAACCCUAUAUGAAAUGUUAUGCAAGCUCAUAGGAGCCCAUGGUCACUCUCAACCAGUGUGUAGUAAGCAAAACAGAGAGAAGACUAAAGAGACUCAGCAAACAGCCACUGAUUUGAAGUCUAAUAUUCAACUCAUUUCCAAGACAAUUUUGGAAUAUAUCCUUGCAAAAUUAUGUAGUGUUGACACAGAUAGCAGUUUUGUAAGUUCUGGAUUUAAAGCUGCCUCAGAGUAUCUUGAUAUUGACAGCUUAUCAUUUGCUUCAAUUAUUGCGGAAAUGGCCAAAUGCACUGACAUAAUCUCCAAUUUAGCGUCCAGGAUGAUUCAGGAAGGUAAUAAAGAAAUGUCUACUAACAGAGCAAAAAGUACUGCUUCUGUGGCUUCCAAAACAGGGAUCAUAAGAGAAAUGCAUCCAAAGAAACUGAAAGCUGUGGCUUCAGAUAUUCUUAAUAUGGUUUUUGAUAAACUGGAAGGAUUUGCCAAUGGAAAUUUAGAAACUCUGGGAACUGUGAAUGAUGGAAACAAGCAAAGCAAUAAAAUGGACUGGAAAUGUGAGAGUACCAGUGUUUUCACAGACAUACGUGAAGAGCUACUACAGUCUGCUUUAUACAUGCAUGCAAAGAAGUUAUCAAGUGCUCUUUUGAAGGCUAUUCAAACUGAAUUAAAUGUGAGGUCAUCAGAUUUGAGGACAAGUGUAAAAAGUCCACCACCUGAGAAACAAACAAUAACAGACGUAGUCAAUUUAAUUUUAGAUGCAGUAUCCUCAGAUAUUCUUAAUGAAACUGAAUCUGAAGAAAGAGGCAUUGAAACUUAUCGAUAUAGGCCAGCCUAUGGAAAUUUUCUUCCUGGAGGCGCUGAAUCAGAUUCGUUUCUAGAAGAUGCAGCACAUACAGAGAAAGAAUCCGUUGGAGCAGAAACACCACCAGUAGAAGAAACUAAACCAGAUUCUCUUAAACAGUGGGUUCUAGAAAAAACCUUAAACAAAAUUGAAGUGGAACUGAAAGAACCACAGACAUCUCCAAUCGUGCCCAUUAUAAAAAAUAUUUUAAAUGAAAUUUUUCAAAAUGCUUUAGUCAACCAAUUAAAUCUGCUUCCUUUCCCCCACUCUCAUUUAAGUAGCAUCCUGCACAGUGUUGAUGAACCAGUUGCCCAAACUUCUGUUCAAUUCAUGGAUAAAAUGAUGGGUCCUUUAGUGUCUGAAGCAGAUGUAUCCAUUGUUGCUGAUGAUUUUGUCAGAACUGUAUUUCAUAAGCUUUAUUCAGCUGCCAUGUCAGAGAAAAACACAGGUAAAAAUAGGUAUAAAUCUAUCACCUUUUCAGCAAACGUUUCUUUUCACGAACACACAAAUGGAAGAAAGUCCUCUGUUACUGUGCUGGACAGAAAUCCACAUACUCUUCACUCUGAGUUCAGUGUUGAUAAACAGGCCAAAGUAAAUGUAGCUGAAGAUAUUGUACAUACAGUAUUAACAAAUAUAGAAACUUUUGCUACUUCCAAAGUAAAAUCUCUUUUUUGUCCCCAAGUCAGUUUUACAGUUCCUAUUCAGCAAGAUAAGAGUGCAUUAAGCAAAGUAUUAUCAACCAAAGAUUCAUGUUCUGAUGAUAAAUUUUUUUCUUCCUCAGUGGAUCAUAUUAAGUCAGUAAAAACCAACUCCAUGUGUCAACUGCCUUUGUCUAAAUUAAAUACUUACGCAACAGAAGUGGCUAGAAAAAUUUUACAAGGAAUAAAACAUGAGUUAGAUAAAGAAAUAGAAAGUCCUUUUUUAACUCAUAAUAUUGUAGUUUCUGAAAGGAUUGCAAGUCAAGUUGUUAACACAGUGUUAGAUAUUGUAUCUUCUAACAAUAGAUGUGAAAAAAUGACUUCUAACAAAGAGAUCAAUUUAGAUCAGCAAGAAGGUAUUACUGAAAAGCUGUUCAAUAAGACUGAAUAUCGAAAACUACUUCAAUUCCAAAUACAGGAUACUAUAGAAAGUAUCUUAUGUGACAUUUAUGAAAAAACACUGGAUCAAAAUAAUCUCUCACUUGCCGUAUCUACUCUGAAAUGUAAAAUAGAUAGUAAAUAUUCAGAAGCAAAUUCUGAAAUGUUCAUUGAGAACACAAAUAAAGUUAUUCCAAAACUUUCAGUUCCUAAAUCAGAUGUUGUUAUGAUAUCUAAUGAUAUAGUGGAUAUUGUCCUUCAUAAUCUCAAUUCUGCUGUUAUGCUUGGCAUAAAUGCAAAGGAUUCUACUUCUGCAAGAUUGCCCCUGACCUUUUGUGAUAUGCUUCCAAAAGGGGAGUGUCAACAGCCUGCUCUUAUGGACUCUAAAAAUGAAAUAAAAACAGAAAGUUUUCCAUUUUCAGGAAAUCUGAAAUCAUCUUAUGCUGCUGAUAAUCAGGUAACUGUAGUAGAGAAAGAAGAUAGCAAGAAAUCUGCUCCUGACCCAUGUGAGGAAAAUGCAAACCUCAUUACUAAAAGUAUUUUCAAUAGGUUAGAAUCUUUUGCCACAGAGAGAAUAGAUUCAUUAAUUAGUCUUGCUUUCCAAUCUAAAGAAAAGUCAUUUGUUAGCCCAGAACUGGAAAAUUGUAAACAUAAUAGAGUCUUUUAUGAAUCAAGCCAGGUGGAAUCAGAUGUGAAUGUCCUGAAGAUAUCAGCUGAAACCAUUUUUAGCCAAGAGUUCACAGAUUCCACUUUUGCCAAUUACAGAGAAAAACGUGGAUCCAAAAUUCAUGUAUCACAAGCUAGUCUUAAGGAAUAUGCUGACAUCAUUGCCAGUGCCAUUUUGAAGCUUAUUAAAAAUGAUUUAGAUUUAGAAAUCCAAAAGAUGUGUCCAUAUUCAAACAGUAUUUCAUUACAAGAAAACAUUGUUAUGAGCAAAAUUGUCAACAGUAUCUUAAAGAUUUUGUACAAUAAAAGAUCUGCAAAGGAAAUUAGUUUUUACUCAAAACAGAAGACUAACUUGUUUUCGCAACUGACUAUAUCAAAUGAAAUCUUGUUGGAACAAAAAAAGACGAAAAAUAACACUGAACUAUCUCUGUUUUCAAAUUAUCCAUUAGAAAAAAAUCAAAUAACAUCAGAAAAGGAAAACCAGAGAAUGGUUUUGGAAGAAAUAUUUAUGCGAAGUGAAGAACCAAGACAGAAAGAAAAAAGUGCAUUGAUCAGUGCCGUAGAAGAAAUUUUAAAUAAGGUGUAUCAAAGAGUAAUGGGAAUCAUAGACCAUUUAUCUCCAUUUAAGGAAACCCCCAAUUUUAUGUCUAAUUCUAAAAUUAGAACAUCAGACAUAACACAAAAAAACUCUUUUCAAUCACAUACCAACAGCGUAGCAACUGAUAUAGUUGAAAAUGUUUUGGAGAAAAUGUACUCAGUAGUUGUGAAAUGCAUAUGUGAAAGUAAUAAAAGGGAAGAAGUAGAAGCAUCUGACAACAAUGAUGCAUUGCCAAUGAAACCAUCAGACAACAAUGAUGCAUUGCCAGUGAAACCAUCAUGCUUCAGGAGAACUAAGCAAGCAGGAAAUGGAAGUGAUCCCCCUAGAUAUGUUACACCACAGGUUUAUUCUUAUACAAGCAGUCAGAAUGUCUGUUUCAUGGAAAACACCUUUUUGCAAUAUCCUCUACUGCAAGUGGGGAAAGAUUUAGUCCAAAUGGUUCUCAAUAAGAUCAAAAAUUUCGCCUCACUGCAUCUAGAAGAUAGCUCAUUCUCUGAAGACAUGCGUACUCGAAGAUUACACAGUUAUAAAGUCAGUCCUAAGGGCAGCCCUAAACCAGGUCUUAAAGCAAGCUUAAAAGCAAGAUCAAAAACUACCUCUCUGCCUAAAUUUAGAACAAAACCACACCAGGGACCUAGUGGUGCUAAGGUCAAGAGUAAGACAAGGUUAUAUCCUGGAGAGAUGACUCCAAGAUGCAGCCGGUCCAAGACUGCCAUUGGGCUGCCACAUAUCCUAUCAACAGGAGAUGCCAAGAACAUACUGGAAAUGAAAUUAUCCACUUCAGAACUAAAAAUGUAUUCCAAGGACAUAAUAAGAAAUAUCCUAGAAACAAUUAUGAAAGAAUUUGAAAAGGUGAAGCAAAAUCGAGCAGUAGUAAAUAUAAAAGCUUCACCAUCUGAUCAAGUCACAGCAGCAAGUGAAAUAGUUAAUACAGUUUUCCAAGGAUUAUAUUCUACAAAUAACCACAGUUUGACUCAUCCAAUCAAAUUCUCACAUCUGGAUGAUCUCAAACUUUCACAGGGGAAUAUAGGUGCAGGGUCCCUUGCCAAACCACAAGCACGUUUUUUCUUAGAGAAUGUUUCUUCACAGCUGGAACAGAUUUUUCCUAAAGAAGGUAUAUUUAAAAAAAUGUUUGAUAAAUGGCAAACAGAAUCAAAUGACAUGGAUAAUGAAAAAUAUAAGCUAUUGAUGAUAGCGGAGAAUGUUUUAACUGAAAUUUCAAUAAAUGCAAAAGAAUUAGAACAUUCUCUUUCACUUUUAGAUUUGCCAACUCUUGAAUCUUGUGAAAGCAGGUUCUAUAGUCGCUUUAAAGGAGCUUCUACUAGAGCUGAGGAUUCCAAAGCACAAAUUAAUAUGUUUGGAAGGGAAAUUGUUGAAAUGCUUUUUGAAAAAUUACAGGUGUGUUUCUUGACCCAGAUGUCCACCCCAGAUAGUAAAGAAACUCCAGCAAGCAGGAAAGAACACAAUAGUGCUAAGACUAAAUAUAGUUCUUCAACAAGACACAUCCUCGGCAGUGUAACUAUCUGUAACACCAUGAUGAAAGACCAGAUUUCCUUGGACACUAGCAACCGAAUUGUUCGAGAGAUUGUUGAAAGAGUUUUGAACGUGUUAGAGUCAUUUGUGGACUUGCAGUUUAAACAUAUCUCUAAAUAUGAAUUUUCUGAACUAGUGAAAAUGCCUAUAGAAAGCUUUUUUCCUGUCCAACAGAGACUGUUAAGCAAAAAGAUGCUGCCAAAAUUACAACCGCUGAAAAAGUUUUCUGAUGAAUCCAAGUCAAAUACUAUUAUUUCAAAUGAAAACAUAGAGAAUAUCUUUCUACAAGUUCAUUCAUUCCACUCAGAAUUACUUACAUAUGCUGCUAAUAUUGUCAGUGACAUGCUUGGUGUAAUUAAGAACAAGCUAGACAAAGAAAUAAGCCAGGUGGAACCAACUUCAGUUAGUGUAUCGAAAGAGAACAUUGUAGCAAGUGAAAUCAUUGGCACAAUGAUAAACCAGUGUACUAAUUUCAGUAAGUCUUUGAUCGAAAACCUUGCAAAGGAAAGUUUGUUCCAAGGAGUUGAAAAUGUUUGCAUUGUUAACCAGGUUGAAUUAACAAGUAAUAUGAAAAUGCCCACAUCAAAGUUAAGGGAAACUAGUUUUGGAAAUAACCCUCCACAAGUCACUGUACCUGGCUUGGUGUUUUAUUCAGAGGAAGAUAUGAAAAAAAAGUACAGGGCCUCAUCAAGUUUACCUUCAUCUGUCAGAUAUGUAGGAGACACGAUUAAAAGCUCAGAGCUAAUGGAAAGGCCUCAUUCAGAAACUACACCACCAUGCUGUAGAAACAAGGUACAAAUCCAAAGCUCAAGGAAACCUAACUAUGGCCAUUUUGCUCAAGCCAUAAAAGGAAAUAAGUUUGUCCCUGAAGGCAGCAUUUUACAGAAACUCUUUAAGAAAGCAAAUGAAUCUACAGAAACAGCAUUAAAGCAAGCCAUGGCUUUCAUAGAAAUGGGAAAAGGUGAAAAUCCAAGAGUGUUUCCUUAUGAAACCUUACAACCAGUUGUUGAACCAACCCAAAUUCAGACAACUGUUUCUCCACUCAGAAUAUGUUUAGCUGCAGAAAAUAUUGUCAAUACUGUGCUUGCAAGCUAUGGCUUUCCAAGUCAACCACACACUAAUGAAAGCAUGGAAACAAUGAAACCAUUUUUCAUAUCACAGCAAAGCCCUUUGUCUAUAAUAUCUGAGGAAGAAAAGAAUGAGAAAAAUUUGCUUAGAAUGUGGGAUCAAAGAAUUGGCAGUAUAGUGGAAGAAGAAUGCAAAAAUCCUGAAGCCAGUGGAGACUUUCCUUUAUUGCAAAAAUGGAAAAAAAGAUCCCCAAACAUAAAGAAAAUAGAGACUCUGAAAGAAGUUGAAGUCAUUGGUUUUGCUGAUCAUGAACUUGGUCCAAAUGAAAUUCAUUUGGUAGCAAGACAUGUCACCAGGUCUGUGAUCACACAUUUCAAGAACUUCGAAAUUAGAGUUUCCAGUGAAGAAAAUCUGUCUAUUGUUUCUACAUUGUCAAGGAAAAAAUAUGAAUCAAACCAGCCUCUAAAAAGUGUACAUGAUGAUUCUUCACUUAAUCAAUUUUGUGAACAUCUCACUGAGUUGGUCAUGUACCAUAUAAUUUCAAGGAUUUUUGAUGGCACUGAAGAGGACAGAGAAAAAGUGAAAGUAUUGGAAAGCCAAGAUACAGCAUUUAACAAGAUUAUUUCAGUUCAUUCCCAAGUGUUUGAGAGCAGGUCAGUUCCUAUUGGAGAACUUGCUUUAAGCAUUUCUGAAAUCAUUAUUCGAAUCCUUUCUAAUAGUAAUGUUAUAAAGGCUGACCUUGCACAGCAAAUGACUUCUAUGAAAACAAAAUACAUUUACUGCCCAGGUGUAGCUGCUGCUGACUUUGAUGAUCUCUUUCAGGAUCUCUUAAUAGGAGUGAUUCAUAUACUAUCCAAAGAAAUAGGAAUAAAUCAUCACCUUAAAAACAAUGGAAGAAACAAAUCAUGUUCCAUGCUUAGAAGUCAUAGAGCGCCCAUUUGCUACAAAACUAAUGCCAUGGAAAGACAGACGGAUCCCAGAGAUUCAGAAUCAUCUACUCAUCAAAUUGAUCAACUCAUUCAUGAAAAUAAAUUAAAUUAUCUGGCAUGUAAGUUAGACAGUCUGGUUGGUAGCUUAAAAACUCAUGAAUCCAAAGAAGUAGUCAAUAAAGUUUUUAAUAUUGUUUUGGAUGUAUUUUUGCCAGAUGAAUGCCCAGAUAUGUCUGUGAAUUCUGGUAAAAUAGCAAGGAAGUUUUUCCCAUUGUCAAAUAAUCAGGAAGGUAAUAACACACAUGGAAAUAACCUAGGUCUCUCACCAAAAUCAGUUUUUCUUCUUAAUGUAGUGUGUGAGAAACUUAUUAGAAUACUUUUGGAAAAAUGCACAAGCACUGGCUACCUUGAAAAUAAUGAUCCUCUUUCUGAUGACAUAUCAGAAGAACGUCAACUUUUAAAAAUACUUCAAAGUGUAGAAGGUGAAGAAUUUGAUUAUUGCAAGGUAGCAUUGGACUGUCAGCCAUUUCAAGGAGAUUACAUGUCAGACCUUUUGGAAAAUCUGGCAGAAAUAGAUCAAGACUUACUGUCAUCAGACUCUAUGCUUACUAUUAUUUCCCAUAGCUUGGUUAAAUCAUUGAUGGAAAAACUAUCUCACAGUAUACAACAUACCUCCAAAAGUCUGCCUUCUGCAAACAAGCAUUUGAAGUAUAGAACAAGAGAAAUACAGUCUAGUUUCACAAAAGCCAAAAGGCCAGAAUUCACAGAACAAGAUCAAGGCCGUCUAGGAUGUAUGAGUUAUGACAGUAAUCCUUUGAGAAGAUCCCUGAAUAAUCCCAGUAUAGUUAGAUCCAAAAUACAUGCGCCAUUUGGCAAGCAAAUUUCAGUAAAAUCUUCUGUGUCACCUUUUAAAAGACAGGAAACAACGGAAAUGGAUACAACAGCCAUCAAUAACAUGCUACAUCCAGGAGGUGUGAAUACAGGUGUAUAUUCCGCUACAUUUUUGGAAGAAAUAAUUUCACAACUCUUUUUUAAUCUCUCUACCUCAUUGUGGGGCAAAAAUGAAAAUAUCACUGAGGCCUGGCUCAAUGAAAUGAAUACAUUAUUUGUCAACUCUGUGGUGAAUGAGUUUAAUAAUGCACAGGUCACUGUUUUGCGGAAUGCUGAAGAAAAGCUGUGUUUUCCACCAGUUCAUAAAGAAACUGUUAGUAAGAUCGUUGACUCAGUUUAUAAUGAUGUUCUACAGCACUAUAAAUUGCAAGUGAUCUGUGGUAAUAAUCUGGCACAUGAUAAUACCUCAAUAGCAGAACAAAUAACUAAUGGCAUAUUGCUAGAGAUUUUAGACUACCAACUCCCAUCUUACUUCCAGGGGAAGCUCAUACCUGACUCAUAUUAUCCUCUCAAAGCUGAAAUUAUACUGCAGAAACUUCAGAGUAAACUGAGAGAAUUUACUUCCCAUCCUAGAUUUUCAACAGGCUACAGCACCAUGUUAUCACACUCCUUUUUAGAAGAUGUUAUCAGAAGACUUUUAUCUCAGCUCAUUCCUCCACCCAGGGAGUCUUCCUCUAUGGGAAAGAAAUACUUAAUGAGUUCAAAUUUUAAUGAAAUGUCCACCUGUAUAGUAAAUAAGGUUAUGUCAGCCAUAUCAAAACAUAAAAUUUGGUUUACUAUAUAUGAUAAUCACUAUCUAUAUACAGGGAAAAACCUCCAAAAGAUGGUGGAUUCUGUUUAUAGAAAUAUUUUGCAAAUGUCUGACUCUCUUGUUUCAAUACAGAAAAGUAUAGUAAGCCAGAGCCCAAGUAUAGCUGACCGAAUAGCUAGUUGUAUUAUCCAAGAGAUUAUUGAAAAUCACCUUCAGCCCUUUUUGAGGGGAGAAAGUUUACCUUGCCCUAAGACUCCAUUGGAUGAAAUAUCUAAAAUGGUUAAACAUAUUCUCAGUGAUGUCACAGAGUCACACAGAUCCCAAAAGCCAUCACCCUUAGGGUUUAACCCUGAUGCAUUUGUAGGGGAAAUUGUUGCCAGACUUUUAUCUAAGAUCUUCAUUCCAAAGUCUAAUACUGAAAUUGACCUGAAAAAAAUGACUCAAAAAAUAAUAAACUCAGUAAAUAACCAUUUUGACAAAGCAAACAUUUACACUCUAUAUGAUGACAAAGAGCAGUGUUACCCUUUUGGAGAUACAGAUAUAGUGGAUAAACUUGUCACCUCAGUUUAUAGAAAUGUUUUAAGACAGCAUGGGCUAGAUCUCGAGGUUGAUAAAGAAUUUAAAGACAGUGAUAUUUUUGUGGAAAAUAUUACCAAUUUAAUUGUAGCAGCUAUUUCAGAUUACCUUCUUCAUCCAUUUUUGUCUGGGGAUUUGUCAGAUUCUUCCCAUUCUACUUCAGUGGCUGAGUAUAUUGUUCAGGACAUCCUUAGUAGCAUCAGUAAAUCUACCAAGCAAAGCCAGAGUUUAUCUCCAUAUAACACCUUGCUUCCAUACACAUUUUUAGAGGAUAUGAUCAGAGCAUUAUUAUCUAGAAUCUUUCCUUCCACAUCUAGCAUGAUUCCAAACAGAGAAAUCCGAAAAGAUAGAUCAGGAGUGAAUUUCAAUGAAAUUGCUUCAAAGCUAAUCAGUGAUAUUAGGAUGAAAAUUUCCCAACAUGAAAUUCGAUUUUCAAAAGAUGAAGAAGAAACCAAGUCUGUUUAUUCAGAGGAUGAUGUUCAGCAUCUUGUCGACUCAGUGUUCAAAAAUAUUUUGCAAAACUCUGGGUCUCAAGAAUCAAUUGAGCGUAAUAUCAUGAACAGUAAUGAUGUUCUUAUUGAUAGAAUAGCAGGUUUUAUCAUUAAAAAUAUCUGUGAACAACAUCUUCAGCCAUUUGUGGACGGGAAGUCAUUAACAUCUUCAUGUACAUAUUUUGAUGAUGAGAGAAGGCAGUUGUUUUAUACCAGUGUUUAUUCCUCAAGCUUUUUGGAAGAUGUGGUCUCUGGGGUUUUAAGCAAAAUAUUCCACAGGUUGUUAGGAAUUGUGCAAACAAAAUCAGUAAGAGAUUCAGAAGAUGAACUGUUGGAAACAGCUGAAAAACUAAUACCUUUGAUAAUAGAGGAAUUCUCAAAAGCCCAAGUUAGCAUCCUAGAAAAUGCUGAGAAAAAGUUGGAUGUGCCUCCAGUAGAAAGAGAUAUAGUCAUAAAAAUUAUUGACAGAGUGUACAGCAAAGUUUUGCAAGAAUAUGAAAUGGAAAUAAUUCCCAGUAAAGAUUUUCUAAAUGACACAAAGACACUGGCUGCAAGGAUAACUAAAAUCAUCCUUUCUGAAAUUUUUGAUUUCCAAAUUCACCCAGAUUUUAUAGCAAAACUGCCUAUUAAGUCACAUUCCAAACUCAGUGCUGAUGUUUUAAUAAAGAGAGUUAAAUAUGGUAUUAGUAAAUCAAGACUCCAAAGACAAGCUUCAACAACAUAUACUACUGUAUUAUCACAUACUCAUUUGGAAAAAAUAGUCACUCAGCUUAUAUCUCAGAUGAGUCCAUUGGCCUCUAAUGUAGAAAAUCAAGAUGGUACUCAAUCAGACUUAAGUAAUACAGUUAUGAAACUGAUAAAUGAAAUUACAUCAAUAAUUUCAAAACAUGCAAUCUGUAUUAUUAGACAUGGGAGUGAAAAACAAAGUAUGAUUUCUGAAAAAGAUAUUCAGUCUAUGGUUGAUUCCAUUUAUACUGAUCUUUCAUAUUCAAAUCUAUACCAGUCUCUUACAAAAGAUAAAAAAGGCAUGAGUAACAUACCUGUUUCAAAAAUAGCAAGUUUUAUAAUAAAAGAAAUCUUUAAUCAUCAUCUUAAGUCAUUUUUAUCUGGAGACAAAACUCUACUUUCACCUUCAGUUGAUCAAACUUAUAAUCAGAAAGCAGUAGAUUCUAAACAAAGAGAAUUGUCUUUGAUUGUAAACUCAGCUGUCUUUUUGGAGGAAGUAAUUUCUGAGCUUUUAUGCAAAAUCCUUUAUGCAUUCUCACAUAAUGUCUUCGCUGCUGAAAAUCCAGAUAAAACAAAAGCCAAAAUUAUUGGCAUUGUUACAACAUUAGUAAAAUCAAUUGUUCUGGAGUUCACCACAUCAGAUAUUUUACUUGCAGAUAAUGUUGAUGAAAAUCUGUGUUUUUCAGAAGAAUAUAAAGAAAUGGUUCAAAAUACUGUUAACCUAAUUUAUGAAAAAAUAUUAGAUGAAUAUAAAUCUCUGAUUCAAGUAUAUAAGGCUAUACAAAGUGACACUAUGUGUUUUGGAAGGAAAAUAUAUCAUUUGCUGUUGGGAGAAAUUUAUGAUUACCAGGUGGAGUCAUUAGUUUCCGGAGAAUUAGUGUAUUCUUCCUGUUCUUCCCCACAAGCAGAUAAUAUUAUCAGAAAGGUGGUGGAUACCAUCAUAAUGGAUAACCAUACCUUGCCAUCAUGUAUUACUGUGUUGCCUCGUUCCCUUUUAGAAGAUAUGAUUUACAAGCUUCUAGUGCAUAUAUUCCUAUUAACUGACCCUAAAAAUGAACUAGAAGACGAAGAGCUGCCAUCAGAUUAUGAGUUUGUAGAAGCAGCUUCUAAAUUGACUGAUGAAAUUAUAAAAGAAAUUUCUGAACAUGAGAUAAGGCUUGCCACAGCAGAGGAGAAUGCAGAAAGUAUGCAAUUAGAAGCAAUUGAGAAUUUAGUUAAUUCCAUAUGUAACAAUAUUUUGAAAAAAUCUGAAUUCCAAACUGAAGUACAGAAAAAUGCACACAAAAAAGGAGGCUCAUUUCUCAGUAAAAUAGCUAGCUGGAUUAUGAAGGAAAUCAUGAAUCAUCAUCUGCAGCCAUUUUUACAUGGUGAAGAAUCAUCUUCCAGUGACUUAUCUGAUUAUGACCAUAUUUCUGUACUUGCUAAACCUGGUAAAGAAAAGACACAGCCUUCCCUAUAUUCAGCUACAUUUUUGGAAGAUGUAAUUGUUGACCUUGUGUGCAAAUUUUAUUCUCUUCCAAGUGUUGCAGAAGAUUCUAAGAAACAAGAAAUGCCAAAACCAGACAUUGUAAGCUUGGCUAUAAAAUUUGCAAACUCUCUGAUAAGGGAAUUUAGGAAAAGUGAAAUUAAGGUUCUACCAAAUGCUGAAGAAAUACUUUCCUUUCCACCAAUUGAUAAAGAGACGGUUGAUAAAAUAUCCAAUUAUGUGUAUGAUCAGUUCAUAGGAAAAUAUGGGUCUAACGAUAUUCAGAAAGAUGAUAAAAAUAACAUUUUUAUAGAAAUGAUUUCUUCUUUAGCGCAGAAGGCAAUCUCUGCUUUCAAGAUUCAACCACUUUUUUCAGGAGACUGGUCUUCCACCUUUUUUUCAUUUCUAAAUCCAGAUAACAUCACCCAAAGGGUUCAACAUCUACCACAAGAAACCUCUACACAGAUAAACAGAUGCUUAAAAGGGAACCAACUUACUUUACCAGAAGAGUCAUAUAAACACACUUCUGUAACCUCUGGCUGGAAAAAUACAGUGGACACUUUGGAAACAGAUAGAGAUGAAAUGAAUAGAAAGAAAAGUUUCAACAAAAAGGAGAAAUCAAUGAAAAAAGUUGGCACUCAUGAUCCAGUACUUACCUCUAUAACUAAAAUUAUGAAAAGUGGCAUUGUUAGCCAGGCAUCAGGGUCAGCUGCAGAUGUGACAAAUAAAAAGAAAGAGGACGAAAAUAAAAUGGAAACUGCAAUUCAAAAAUAUAAUAAACAUGUAUCAAGAGUUACUUCUCCAACUAGCAGUAUGGAAAGUAAGGAUACCCAGGAGCCAGAUUUGAGUGUAACACUUAAAGAAAUCGAGAAGAAAAGCAUACCAGCUCCAAAAGAUGAGGAAGGGCAAGGUGAUGAGGUACAUACACAUUUUUCAGUAGUUACUAGUGUUACAAAAUAUGAGAAGAGAGUACCAAGAUCAGAUUUUGAAAUAGAUGAUGAAAAGAAUGACAAACAGAGAGAAUGUUCAUUACAGAAUAACGACAAGCCUUUUAAAACAUCUUUAAUGUCCAAUGCAAGAAACAAGGGGACCACAGCAGAGAAAACUUUGCAAAUUGACAUCCAGAAGCCAAGCAAUGAUGGGACAAGAGACUUUCCAGUCCAAAUAGUUACAGAUGAGGAACAAUACUUGGAUCACGAACGUGUUCAAAAUGUUGUUGAAAAUAUUUAUGAUAAUAUUUUGGAAAUGUCUUUUCAAGAACCAGCAGAUGAUUCAAAAUUCCAAAGUCCCCAGGGUGAUAAAGCAUUACAUGUAAUUCAGGAGGUUAGCAAGGAUUCUGUACAGUUUGUUUCAAUGAAGGAUUUAUCCUCCUCAAUUAACAAAAAUGUCCCUGCCAAAGAGGAAGAGGAACAGAAGGAGAAAGCUAAAGAGAUUAAAAGUGAACCUGAUAAACCAGACAGUCCUCAGUACUCACCAGAAAAUAAACCUGGAAUUUUUCCUGCUAAAUUUUUAGAAGAUAUCAUCACUGAAAUGAUUAACAAAUUGAUCUUUUCUUCCCCACCAGAAACACAAACAUGGGAUAGAUGUCAAAGUGUAACUGAUGAUGAAAAUCAAGCUGAACUGUACAACACAGCCAUGAAACUGAUUGACUCACUGUUAAAGGAGUUUUCAGAUGCUCAAAUUAAAGUAUUUAGGCCAGAUGAGGGAAAUCAGCUUUUUCCACCUGCAGGUAAAGUCUCAUCAGUUCCUAAAAUACCUCCUAGGCAAAAAGAAACAACUUCAGAUGAAGCAUCAUCAAGCAUUAAGAUGACAACUGUAGGUAAAAUACCACCUGGACAUAAAAUGACUAAAAAAUCAUCUUCAGAUAAAGUACCUUUUCUAGAUAAAAUGCCAGCACUUGAUAAAACAUUGGUCAAUAAAAUUGUUCACUCUUCCAUAUGCAAUAUUUUGAAGGAAUAUAGAUCCCAAGACUCAAUUUGUAAGAACAUAAACACUGAUAGGGAAAAUUUGGCAAGAAGGCUAACUAGUGCAGUGAUAAAUGAAAUUUUUCAACAUCAGCUUGACGUGAUAUUUGGUGAUGAGGUUCCAGCUUCAGCAUGUUUGCCUCUGCAAUCUAAGGAUGUUGUUAAAAAGAUCCAAAAAGUGGCCCAAACAGCCAACAAAGAAUGUCAGACAUCAUCACCAUAUACCAUAGUGUUACCUCAUAAAUUUUUAGAGAAUGUGAUUUCUUCUCUUUUAUCUAAAAUUUUCUUUACGGUAUCCAACACCAAAGCAGAAGCAUCUGAGGACAGAAUGUUCACAGACUGGGAUUUUCUUCAAAUGAAGUUAGUUAGUACAGCUAUGACAGAGAUCUCCAAAGAUGAAGAUAUGGUUAUACAGUAUGUAGAAUCCUUACAUCCUAGUGAUGAUGAAAUUACUCAAUCAGUGGUUCAGUCUGUUUAUAAUAAUCUCUUGCCACAGUUUGGAUCUCAAGAGAUUAUGCAAAAUUGUAUAACCAGUGGAUGCAGAAUCCUUUCAGAAGCCAUAGUUGACUUAGUGCUACGAGAAGUGGCUGGCAAUCAGUUGCAGAAUUAUUUUUCUGGAGAGCUAACUCCACAUCAGUGUGCAGAAGUUGACAGCAUUGUUGAAAAUAUCCUUAAAGAGGUCAUCCAAACUACUGAUGUUCCCCAGUCUCAACCAUCUCAUGCUCAUAAACUGUCUUACAACAUAGUAGAAGAAAUUGCAGUAAAAUUUUUAUCAAAGCUUUUUUCUGUGUUUCUAAAAGUGGGUAAGGGAAGAACCAAAUCUCUUGAAACUGAAAUGCAAAAAAUAACCUCAAAAAUCUUAAAUUCAGUCCAAGAUUUUAUCUCUAAAAGUCAGAUUAAACUUGUACCUGCAGCCAAGGAAUCACCCACUGUACCUUUAACUGAUAAUGCAGCUAUUGAAAAUGUAGUUAAUUCUGUUUAUACCAGUGUUUUAAAGCACUCUGGCUCACAUACUUCUGUAUUUAAAGAUUUAAUGGGUAAGAGUAAUGUUCUCUCUGAUAUAAUAGGUUUUUUAAUGGUGAAGGAAAUUUCCAAUUCAGAAUUUCAACCUCAGGUAGAGGAAGAAGUAUCAAAUUCAGAAUUAGUUCUGGAAGCUGUCAAAAUUAUGGAAAAAGUGGUUAAGAUUACUGAUGAACUGAAGUCCCAGGAAAAGGCUUUAUCUAGAAAAGGUUUUGUGUUAGAUGCUGCGUUUUUAGAGGAAGCAUUGGCCUUGUUCUUAUCUAAACUAGUAAGGUUGCCAAGUGCCUCGAUAAAAGAUAAAAAAAACUUAUCUAAGCCUGAGUUAAAUAAAAUUGCAUCCCAACUGACAAAAUCUGUAACAGCUGAAAUUUCCAAGAGUAACAUUAGUCUUGUAGCUGCUGAUCCUGAAGAACACUUUUUAAACCCAGAAAGUGUAGAGAUGGUUUCUCAUGUUGUUGAUUCUGUUUAUAGUGAUGUACUACAACAAUCUGGAACUCAUGAAGAUCUUUAUUCUGAUAUAAAAGGUAAAAACAGAGUCUUCCCUAGAAAGGUGGCUAGUUUAAUUCUUAAUAGCAUUUCAAAUAUUUCAUUAAAUAAAAUUAGCUCAAAGCAUUUGAAUGAUGAUCUCUUGGCAGAUCUGGACAUUGAUCGAAUUGUUCAAAAGGCACAGGAACAUGCUUUUAAAAUUGCUCCUGACUUAGAGAAAGAGGAGUCAGAUCAUGAUUCAGUUGAAGAGGAAUUUCCAGUUAAAAUAGUUCCACACAUUGGGAAUAAACCGAUCAGUAUAGAUCCAAACAUUAUUUCAGAACACUUAGCAGUCAUUUCUGUAAAAACUCAACCUCUUGAGAAACUUAAGGUGGAGUGUUUAAGAAAAACUGGGCAUAGCAUAACAGAACUGAGAAAAGCAUCAAUAAGUGGGAAAAGUUAUGCCUCAUCUGACACAUCUGAUGGAGAAAGAAGAAAGAAGGAAAGACGUAUCUCACUGAAUAAGAUAGGACGACUGGAUGUAAAGCCCUUUGAGGCUGUUUGCAGAAAUUCAUUUCAGAAUAUAAGAAAGCCUGAUCUUACCAGGGUGGAGCUUUUAAAAGAUGUUAAGAGCAAACAAGAUCUUCUCAUUCGUUUAGUAGCUCAUGAUAUUGAUCAAAGAGAUACAGAAAGUUACAUGGAAGGGGCACUAAUUUCUGAAGAAGAAGUCGUUUUAGGAGAGGUUGUUGUACCAGGAGGAUUCUUAGGAGAAACAUUUGAAGAUCAAGUAAAAGAAGCCACGAAGCCAGUAGAAAGCAAAGUUGUUUCUCCCAAGCCAACAUUAAGCACAAGCAGCCUGAAAAAAUUUUUAUCUCUAAGCAAAUGUUGUCAGCCCACAUCCAGUGCAAAUAUCGAAAGUACUGAAGCAACCUUAAGUCAGAUAACAGACUCCAAGGAGGAACAAGUUAAAAGAGCUGUUGCCAAGCUUAACAUGGCCACCUGCUCAACAGCUUUGACUGAAACAGAUUCUUUUUUGGAGAAAAAGCCACAGCGUAUUACUAAAGAAGAAAGGAAUCUUAUUAAUGAACCAACACAUUACUUCAUACACAGAAUUAUGAGUUCAUCUUCAUACAACCAAGAAGAUCUGAUUUCAUCUGCCGGUGAGGCUGAAGAUUGUACCACAGAUCCAAGAGCUAAAAUAUUAGAAGAAGGUUCUCAGGAACCAACGCUAGAGAAUGCAAGCAGUGUUAAGUUUUUCACCAUCUAUGAAGGAUACCACAGAGUUCUCAGCAGUGAAUAUCCUGCAAAAGAAGUAAUUUCAGAAACUCCAAAGUCUAGUAUUUCCAAACAAGGAUCUAAAAUGCUGGCGAAGGUAUCUUCAGCUCUGUCAAAAGUGUUUUCCCGAUCAAACAUCAGUGUUUCCAAGUCUUCCUCACCACCUCACCAGAAGAAACACUAAAGCUACUAUACCUGGUAUAAGUAGCUUAUCUCACUUAGAAAAUAAAAUGUUUUUUAAAGCAUAACAUGAUAUCUGUGAAGAUCCUUGUAAUCCUAAAAUAAGAGCUAAAGAAUAUAAAGGGGUAAGAGAAAGCUUUGAUAAAUGAUUUUGAUAAGCAUUUUGGUAUGAAAAGGGACAAAGCACUAGUAUUACCUAUGUGCCUAUGGGGGUUAGAAACUUAAAGUGAACCAGUAAACCAGACAGUCCUCAAGUACCCACCAGAAAACAAACUUGGAAUACUGGAAUAAACUGCUAAAUGUUUAGAGAAUGAUCUGACCAAAAUGGCAAGUAGAUUGAUAU